AUGAUCGAUCCAAAAGCUAUUGAUACUGUGCUGGACAUCUUUGUCCCUGCUAUCCAAGCUCACCAGAAGAACUCCUCAAGACCAUUCGUUCUAGGCCUUUCUGGUCUUCAAGGCAGUGGCAAAUCGACAUGGGCUGCAGCUCUGUCCCAAGCUCUCACGAAUCAACACCAUCUCAAGACUCGCAUGCUAUCCCUAGAUGAUCUCUAUCAUGACCACCCAGAACUUGUCGCUCUUCGAGAAGCGAGCCCAGAUAAUGGCCUCCUCCAAACUCGUGGCCAACCCGGAACUCAUGACGAAGUUCUAGCUAAGGACUUCUUCGACCAAGUGCUUGGUCACGUUGAGAGUGAUAAGAAAAUUGUCAAAUGGCCAGCUUUUGACAAGAGCCUUCACAGUGGUCAGGGUGGAAGAGUUCCCGUUGAGAACUGGGAAGAAGUUCCGCUGGACCAAGGCUUGGAUGUUCUGAUUUUUGAAGGUUGGGCACUUGGCUUCAAACCUUUGACUGACGAGGAGGUCAAGAGGAAGUGGGAGAGUGCUAAAGCUUCAGAGGCACAGCAGUCUGAAGAAUGGGCUCUUACAAACACGCUGGCGAGCCAUGAUCUAAGCCAUCUUCUGCUCAUCAACCAGAACUUGAGAAGAUACUGCGAGACAUUCGCUGGACCACAGCACUUUGAUGGAUUUCUUCAUCUAAGUACAGAUAAACUUGUUCAGGUCUACGAGUGGCGGCUGGGUCAGGAAAGGGCGUUGAGGCAGCACAAGCCGGGCAUGACAGAUGAUCAGGUCAUCAAGUUUGUGAAGGGGUAUAUGCCGGCUUACGAGCUAUUUCUCGAGCGUCUUCAGAAUGAGAAUUUCUUCAAAGGCGAGGGGUCCAGUGAGAAGAAGCAUAUACAAGUGGUAUUAAACAAGGACCGGGAGGUAACUCAAGUGAAGGAGGUAUAA